UCUCUUGCCUCUAUAAAUAGACUCAACGCUACUGCGAUUGCGGUCCUACAUCGUGCAGCUAUUUUCGACAGACAUCGCUACUCGUUACAGUUCUCUGUACGCCAGCUCCACAACGAGUUUCCAUCGUCGAUGGCUCCUCGAACCCGCGAACAAAGACACGAAUGCCCUGUUUACGCUGCGAGCAAUAAGAAUCCGCCGGCUAUAGCGGUUUCUCAGCGACCUGCUGCUUCUUCCUCUGAAGACGUUGAUCAUUUCUAAAACGAACAUUUAUUACAAUUUAAUGAUUGUAUAAUUGAUAUUUGAUCACAGCAAGACAAAGUGAUAGCUUUAUAGAGUGGUACCCAACUGAAAGUCGAAAGUUUUCGUGAGGGUAUUGGGACUUCGUGGCCAGAUAGUGUUCGAUCACAUCGGUAAUUAAUGGAGAUCAUCCAAGUGGACAUCUAGGCAGUUCAUCCAUUUCAGAUCUUCAUCAAAGUGACUUUAAGCGAGUGUUUAAUUAAGAGGGAAACCUAGACCAAAGUCUUUCUAAUGCUUCUAUAGCAAUAGUAAUGGUUACCUGGUACGGAAACAGCAUCAGUGCUAGGUAGAAUACCCUACGCAUAGACUGUCGAGGAUGUUUAGCUCGCUGAGACUGACUACCAUGCGCUCGCACAAGAAUCGUGCUCGACCAGGAAGCGUAGCUACAUCUGCCAGUUCCGAUUCAGCUCGGCCCGACGAGAUUUCACCUCAGUCUUAUCAUCCGCACAGUUUCUUACUAUUGGAUGACCAGGAUAGUCCUGUAUCCACCCCUUCCAGUGUUUCCUCCAAAGUUGCUCAGGUCAGAGUGGAACGUGAAGGAGGAAGUCUCGGAGUCACUCUCAGAGGCGGUGUUUCUAGAGCUUUGGUGGUCACUGGAGUAAAGUCUGACGGACCAGCGGCGAAAGAAGGAAGAGUUAGGCCUGGAGACAGAUUAUUAGCUGUGGAUGAUACUGAAUUAAGAGGUCUGACUUUAGCGGAAGCUCAAAGAGCUCUCAGGAGAAGCUCUGAUGCUCCCGUGGCUUCCUUGACUAUUGAAUAUGACGUUGCCAACAUGGAAGAGGCCAGAGCAGCUACUUCCGGCCCUCUGCUAGUACAAUUGGAACGUGGAAUUUCAGGGGAGCUAGGACUAACGGUCAGAGAAACACCAAAUGGAGUUUACAUUGAAAGUUUAAGACCAGCAAGUACGGCAGAUAGGUGUGGGGCCUUGCAACCGGGGGACAAACUCUUGGCAGUGGACGAAACUCCUGUCCAGGAUGCUGUGACAGCUGCCAAACUACUCAGGAACAACUUUGAUUCUCGUAUAGCUAGGUUGCAGAUUUUACCCAGGCCUCCAAGUGCUUCACAGAGAACCGUGAAGAGAAGGGCACAACCACAGGCGCAGCAGACUUCCAAUCAGACUUUACAGACCAAAGAAAGUCUGACUGUGAUUCUUAGACCUGAUCAUAAGGGAUUUGGUCUCGCUCUAAAAUUCGCGGAGGACCGUCUAAAUUAUGUUGUUAGUAUAUUGGAGGCUGGAGGUCCGGCUGAACGUAGUGGAGUUCUUCUGCCAGGAGAUAAAGUGCUUGCAAUUAAUCGUAGAAUGCUCAGAGAUCUCCAGCCAGCUGAGGUAACUGGCAUCUUGGAAACUUCACAAGUGAUUGAACUGGUAACAGAGUACAAAGUUGGCGGACCGGUUGUACCUAGCUCAGGAGUGUUCACAGUGCGAGUAGCAAGACCUAUAGGUGGGCAACCUGACGUAGGCCUGACAGUAAACGAGGACCUGAUCAUUACUGAGGUUCGCAAGGGAUCUCUGGCUUACAGAACUGGAAGCCUAGCUCCAGGGGACAGGUUACUUGCUAUAGACGGGCAAAAACUGGACUCUGGUGACCUCAGACAAGCCGCACAACUGUUACAUCGACCAGGAAGUUCGGUUAUCGCUCUGACUGUCAGAAAACCUGACCCUGCAUCAGAAACUAGAGAACACUGCAAGGAUUCUAGUAUAGGAAGCGAUUCAGUGCAACAAUAUCCCCCAGGAAUACUUCGACCAGCUAGAGAAAGCCUACCCAGCGUAGACAGUGCAGUGGAUUCUUGGGGAGAACUAGGAGAGAAUAGUGGAACAGGUCCAGAGAUUCUAAGACUUUGGGACACGGCUUCUGUGGACAGCGGUCAACUAGAUUUGUCUAUGCCUUCUUACCCCGGAUCACAGGAAUGCAGCAACCCAGAUAGACUUCAACAAAUAGUUCAUGUUUCUCUACACAAAGACCCAGUUUACGAAGACUUUGGUUUCUCCGUGUCUGACGGCCUGUAUGAACGUGGAGUUUAUAUAAAUCGUCUUCGACCUGGAGGGCCCUGUGACGGCGUCCUAAAACCUUAUGAUAGAAUUCUACGGGUAAACGAGGCUAGCACGGAAGAUUGUGACUGUUGCUUGGCUGUCCCAUUGAUCGCUGCGGCUGGUGCACGUUUGGACCUCACCAUAGCUCGACCAGUGUCUCCUCCUAACAUUAUAAAAACUCUAUAAAGGAGAACAAAUCGAAGUAAUGGAGCAGUAUCAUGCGGAAAAUGGUGGUGAACAUAUCUGGUAUAUUUUUGUACACACCUGUAUUUUAUUUAUAAAAAUAAAUGUAUAGAUUGCUUUCAGCUAGAACAUGUUCUCCUGCAUACAACCCACGCACACCAUAUCUGAACACACGUCCGAAGAACAUCAACGUGACAUGUGUUUAACCCUCUAUGAAUUACUUCUAGAGAAAAAGGUAUAAUUGUUAGAACUAAUAUAAUAAAGAUUCAAUACCUACACCAAUCUAGUCGCUAUAAAUAGGGGAUCUAAAUGAAAUUAGCACCACACAAGGAUCCAAGUUUUUA